CGCAUUUCUUUUUCCGCUGCAACUCAACAAUCAUGGGGCUCCGCGAAAAGUUCAGGAAGAAGAACGACUCGGAGGACGAGGCCGGCGCCAACCCGUCGAGUCCCGAGUUCACCUUCAUCCGCACCGACACCCACAGCGCCGAGGUCAUCUACCCCCCGAGCGCCGGUCCACAACGGGACCCGGGCCAAGACGCGAACCAGUUCCUGUCCGCCGACCCCAGGUCGGACUCGAGCUCCAGGCAGCGCCGCAGCCUCGAUGUCUUCCGCAGCAGCCGCAGCCGGAGCGCCUCCGCGUCGAGCCAGCAUAGCUCGACCGCCCGCCGGCUGUCCCAGCGCCUGCACCUGAGCCGCAGCCCCUCCAGCUCCGAGAACGUGCCCCAGGACCUGCCCGAGAUUGUAAUGCCCGAGGACGGCACCGAGGACAAGGAGGCGACCGAGUCGCAAUGGGAGAAGCGCGCCACGAUCCUAGCCCGCGAGAACGAGAAGCGCCGCAGCCGCCCGCCCAGUCCCGUCCGCGGUUCGACGCCGCCCGUCAUCCCACGGCUGCAACUGGCUGACGAGUCGAGCGAUGGCGCGUCCGGGGCUCGAGCGAGGGCCGUCUCGUCCAAGGCGAUCGACGACGAUAUCCAGGAGGCCAUCCGAUUGCACGAGGCAGGGCGGCUAGAGGAGUCUACCGCCCUGUUCGGCCGCCUGGCGGAUCCUAAGGGGGCCAACAACCCGCUGAGUCAGGUGCUGUAUGGUCUUGCUCUGAGACACGGAUGGGGCUGCCAGCCGGAUACGGCCAAGGCCGUGACCUUCUUGUCUGCCGCAGCGUCCAAUGCCGCCGAAAUCGAGCAACUUGCUCUGCAGGCGGGGCUCAAGAAGGGCGGCGCCGCCAAGGGCGAGCUCGUCCUAGCCAUCUUUGAGCUGGCCAAUUGCUUCCGCCACGGGUGGGGGAUUCCUAAGGACCCAAUCGCUGCGAAGCAGUAUUACGAGACGGCGGCAAACCUAGGAGACACCGACGCCAUGAACGAAGUGGCAUGGUGCUACCUGGAAGGGUUCGGGACCAAAAAAGACAAGUUCGCAGCGGCCAAGUACUAUCGUUUGGCCGAACAGAACGGAAACAAGAUCAUCGGGAACUCCUGGAUAUGGAAAGAGAAGUACGACCCGGGGCGUGGCAAGAAGUAACGAGGUUCUAGCUUGCUUGCUUCCCGAGCUGAGUCACCGUUCAGGGCCGGCCAUGCCAUCUGGGGCCCCUUCGAAUACGGGCUUCGACGUCUCCCGUUCUGAUGCUGUUCGCCACACAUCUUUGUUUAUUUUCGGAGACUCCGAGAUGUGCUAGGAUGUCUGUUUUGGAUACCCAGCAAUGGAGAUUGUCUGUUUGGAGUCAAGGUUCAUUGGUUCAGGGGCUUUGUUUACACUACUGCGUACGUUACUAUUUUUUUUUUUGUGUCGCUCUCGGUUCCGCCACUUGGUUAGGGCAGCGGCAAACAAACACACGGGAAGGAAAUGCUUUUCCGAGUCUUGUUGUCGACCUCGCGUCGCCACCCUAACUGACUGGAAGAUUGAGUCAUUCUCAAAACACUAUGCCCUCCAUUUGCCCUCAUCAGUCGUGCCAAGGAGUCGGGAGGGACGGGAGAGAAGGGGACGGGGUGUGGGGGAGCGCGUCUAAACUCGACUUACUCUGCUCCAGACGGGCUGUUGAUUUCCUCUCUGG